UCGAGCAAGUCGCGUAACCGAACUCACCGAAUCAGUGUAAUCGAAGACUUGAGAGGGUGCGCACGUAACCGCUCCGUAUAAAACUUGGCAUAGCUCAUGUGAACCCACGUUCUUUGGGAAACAAAACUGAACAUUUCCUGAAAGAACUUCGAAUAUUUGAUUCGUCUGAUUUGAAUUACGAAUUAAAGUAUGUUUGAUAGUGCAUAAGGAAGGGAAACUGUGACAGUUGUGUAGCGCAGUAGCGGUUUAGUGAGGCGAUCACACAUGAGUUUUCUCUAAUUUCCUCGCGUGAAUUCCUUCACUAACUGCGCGAGGAUGGUGCUGGGGCGCGGUAACCGCAGCUGCAGCGACGGCGGUCGCACGCUCAACAUGACGGGCGAGACCCCAACGACGUCGUCCGCGCCGCUCUCAUACGGCGCUGUCGACGAGUCCGACGUCAUAAUCCUGACCGUGCCAAGUGGCAGUAGUGGCAGCAGUGCCGCCGAGGACAGUGAUGACGGUAGUGGAAGUGGCAGGAGCAGCAUGUGCGGCAGCAGCACUGAAGUUUUACUACAUGAGAACUGUUACCAGAGGCAACCUCUGCUCCCGCUAUUCGCACAUUCCGGUCUUGAUCAAGACGAACCUUCAACCUCGUCAAUUUUCUCUAAAGUGACUGGCAAAAAAUCCAGCCAUCACGAUGGGGCCCACAGUUCCAGCAACGGUGCGACCAAUUUCUUCAACGCGACCGCCACGUCCGCCGUCAACGCUGUCAACGGCCUCGUCAAAAUACAGAUGCCGAGUCCGCAUCGCGACGAGCCUAGGUUUCCUCCAGAGAAAGUCAAAACUUUUGUAGCGCUCGCGUUCGCGUUGAUAUCAGCGCUGGUGAACACGACGUCGCUUGCUAUGGUGCAUGAGCGCGUUCCUCAGAACGACCCCCCGCUGCCUGACAUCUUCUUGGACUCCAUCCCCGUCCAGCAGUGGGGCCUCGAGGUCUCCGAGAUCAUGAUCAUCUGCAUGAACUACUUCACUGUCGUCACCAUCAUCUUCCACAAGCACAGACACAUAGUUUUUCGUCGCUUGUUCGUGAUACUGGGCUUCCUCUACCUGUACCGCUCAGUGACGAUAUUCGUGACGGUUUUGCCCGUCGCUAACCCCAGCUACUAUUGCUCACCAAAGUCCAACAGCACGACGCCCUUCCUCUUCCUCGAGCGCGGACUCAGAAUCCUGUCCGGCCUCGGCAUGUCAAUCAACGGGAAGCACACGUACUGCGGCGAUUACAUAUUUUCUGGGCACACUAUGGUGCUUGUGCUCUGCUAUCUGGUGACGGCUGAGUACACUUCUAGGCGCUGGUGGAUCCUGCAUUGGAUUUAUGCAAUUAUGAGCACCGUCGCAGUUCUUAUGGUGCUCAUUGCGAGAGGUCACUACACCAUCGACUGUAUCAUCGCAUACUUCAUCACCACUCGUCUUUGGUACAUCUAUCACACCAUGGCCAACAAUCCCAACCUCAAGGAGAGCGGUCCACACAACCACCUGAGCCGCAUCUGGUGGUUCCCGAUCUUCCAGUACUUCGAAGGAAACGUGGGCGGCACGGUACCCCGGCAGUACGAGUGGCCGCUGCCCUGGCCAAGAAGAUGGGGGGCCAAACUCCCACAGAGAACUUCCUAGAACUUGCCGCCAUCCCAGCCAUUGUAACUUGAAUAAAGUUGUAUCUCUUAGAACUGAGCAGCAGUUUCGUUCUGCGAUACUAUCAAUAGUUGCGUCUUUUGAAAUUUUCUAAUGGUUUUAAGUACUGGAAAUGUCUGUACAGUCGUCUUGUUUACAUGGCCAGAAAAUGACAUCAUCAGCAUUGACCAAAGGCGGUGGUUAUAGAAGCGAAAGUUCAAGUGGAAUCUUAGGUCGUUGAUGGCGUCUACAGGAUGCGUCUCUAUUUGCUAAGUCAGUGAACGAUGUACCAAGAAGAAGGGUUGACUUCUUCCGUUAAGAUUUAAUUUACACAGUAGGAUCUUCGUAGUCAGUCGUUCUUAAUGAGUAAGAAUUAAUAAUGCCAAAAAUACCUGCAGGUCUUAGAUGAUCAGCCUUCAUUUUUUUACUGCCAAAGUGCUUUGAAGUUCAUUUACGAUUCCGUUCAUCCAUUCUUCAGAACUAACUGAGCUCGAUAACUCCGGUCGCUGCAGUUCCGUCGCAUGAUCAUAACAAAAAAAAAAAAACUACCAUGUUUCACUAAUGCCUUAUUUAACAUUAAUCAUAUCAUUAACCUGACUCCGAGAAGCAGUUGAAUUUUGGGCAAAGGCAUCGUACUGUUAAGCGCUCAUAUUUGACAAUCUAGUGCUUGCUUCUGAACUCGUGUGCUUCUCCAUUUUUCUCGUCAUUGACUUCUUAAUCCUAAUAUGCGCUUUUUUCUGUGUCUUUAAUUGCAGAGUUUCUUGUAUAUCUUAUCAAUUGUUGAUCGUGACCUUAAUUGCCUUCCCGUUUGUACAUUCAUCAUUUAACUGUGAUCCAACUUCGAUGAGGCUGCAGCGUGCAAUACUGCAUUGAAAAUUUGACACGAAGAAUACCUAUCUGGAAACUCAACACUCAAUUCAUUUAAGCGAGCCGAAAAUGGAGUUACAACUCCAGCCUUGGAGUUGCAACUCCAUCUUAUCUCCUAGCUGUCAGACUUCAAGUACAACUGUACGUUUGGCAGUUUGCUUGAUGUACUAAACUUCUACAUCAAGUUCACUACAUCUGCUGGAGAAUAAUUUAUUUUUUUCAACCCAUCUGAAAGAUUCACGAGGCGGUGUUGCUGAUAUCAAACGUGCCUUACGAACGCUGGGAAAGUUUACUUUAUUGCGAUAAAUUUGAACGGUUCAAUGAUACAUUAAAUCGGUUCGUAACCCAAAGCAAAUUACUCAUGAAACUGUACAUGAUUCUUGGUUCUUGCAUGUGUUAAAGAUUAUUUUCCGAUAAGAAGCGUAAUACGUACGUUGCGAAAUAACGCUUGCUGACACGGAUACAUAUUCUUAUUCCUAAUCAAAAUGAAAAAUUGAUCGAGCCAAGUAUUCGGUUUUUAAUUAGAUGGGAUUCUUCUUUGGUCGGUGCCUCGGUGGAUGUCGUAUGCCAGGUUUUUUCAUAUCUUGACAUAUUUUUUUGCUGUAAGUAUUUAUGAGAUUAGUUCCUUGCUAAAAAGCGCGUUGGUAGCUCUGAACCAAAUUCUAUCAUAAAUUUGUCUGGGCGUUAAUCGAUUUGGGUGCUGACAGUUCCUUCAAUUGUCGUAUUCUGUGGGCUGGCACGUUUCCAUAGGCCGUAUGAGCCGUAAAUGCUUACGAAUAUUAUCACAUCACUCGCUUUCAUGUGCACAAACCUUCGCUGACCGUCCGGCGCUCUGUCUUUUAAUGCGUUGGGGAGGAGACUGUUCACGCUUAGUGGUUCCUAUCUCAUGUGUUGGCGACUUGAACGAAAUUUCAUCGCCUUACGUGAAUUAAACAAAUCCUAUAUUAGAAUACGAACGAACUCGUUAAAUAGUGUCUCCAUGUCGUGUUCUGUAUAGUGUCUAUUUUAUAUUAUUCGCGACUGCAUUAGGAACGUGCCUAUGUUCUAUCAACCGUUAAUUGUUGGUAAUAUGAAUUUUAUUAGAUGAUUUAGCAUGCUUUUUUCAGCAUUGUACUAUAUUUUGAGAUGAAAUCAUAUUACUAGCCAUGCGAAUGUAAGUGUUGAAGUUCUUAUCAGUGUGGACCAAGAAUUUUAUUUAGUGCUCGUACGUAGCUGCUUGCUGCUUCUUCGUCGCAUGUACCGAUAUCUUAAAAGGUUCUUGCUAGUCAUUGCAGGUGAGCCAAAUAAGGGACUCAAGGCAUGAAUAAAUAGCGUACAAUGCGAGUAAUGCUGCGUAUAAAGCCCAACCAGAAGCUUGCUUCUAAUCUUGCAACCCUCGUGCGAAAUCAAACCCUUGUAACGGUAUAAUACCUUCUUGCUAUCAUACGGAAAGGCUAAUGAAAUAAUCGUCAAUGAAUAAAAUUUUCCUCGACACUACACAAUGCGUAACGGGUCAAGCCUAGAGAUAUGCAUCUUUAACUGACGCAUUUGUCGGCCUUGCACUGCCUACCGAGCUGGGAUGAGCUCGGGAACGUUUCGGACUACGCCGAAAAUCAUAACCUUCGUUGCUGCUUUCGAAUUCUUCAAUUUGAACGUGGUCUUCCUGGCUUGUAAAUGUAUGUAUUUCAGUACGUCUCCUUGUACACUUCAACGUAAUUGUAGAAAAACUUGUCGAGGGCUGUGAUGCUCGAUAACUGUACAGUAGAGUUUCUCCACGAGACUUUUUUUAAUUACUUCUAAAUGUAGGCUUUCCAUUAAGUGGACUACAAAUUCUGUCGAAUAUAUGAUUUGUCACGCGUUAAACCCUACUGUUCUGCCGCUCCAUGGUUUCUUUAUUACUGAUUCGAGGUCGACGAAUGCUAUCGAACUGCCGUUUGUCCUAGCCAGCUGUUCAAUAUUGCAAGGAAUUGCCCGUCACUUCCAAGUCACUUCGAAGGGACCUAGUCAUUCAGAGUAAGGAUUCAAAUUGUGAGGUUUAUUUCUGUUGGUUUGGUUGUCAUUUGAAUUUAUUUGUCACCGUCAUUUCUCUGAAACACUUGGUUGUCGCCCAUUGCAAGCGAUUCCGACAAUUUUUGUGCUGUCACUGCAGAAGUUCUCUCUGUCACUAUAAGUUAUUCAAUGAAUAAGCAACAUAAUUCAGGCCUCCCCGCAGUACAGCCAUCAGUCACUUGAGAAUCCAUCCAGCAUAUGAGCAUCACAUUAGCAGGAUAAGCAUCUCGAGGAUUAAGGUUUCAGUGUCGCAUUGCUGUAAUGUGCCAAUGCUUAUCAAUAAUCUCAUUAAUUUAAAAUGUAAUGUCUGCUAAAGUUGUUCGCGAAGCUUUCUUUUAAACCUGGAAUUGCAGUACUCACUAUCAUGUACUGAAAGUUAGAACUUAGGCUUACUUCGUGGCAAGUUGAUUAAGGUUGUCGGCAACCUCCCUUUCUUGCAUUGUUCCUUGGGACUUACAAGUUCUAACUUCUAGUGUGCACUGUUGGGGUAAAAAAUCUGUGGAAUCCGGCGAGGUGUUAGUUGGCUUGUGUCGCGGUGAUUACAAAUGGAAAUAACGUUUCGGGAGUUUUCAGUGUGUAACUCACGUUAUAUUGGGGAACACUCUGAACUUUAUUGUGCCUUUAGUACUGAUCCAUUGUUGGUAUCCCUAGUAUAGUCAUCCCACUAGGGGGUAUAUAGUCACUGUGUGGCCUCUUGUGAGGCCUAUUAGAAUUCCCAUGAAAAUCAAAGGGAAUUUCUCAUGUAAAUAAGAUCUUUGUACAUGUUAUUUCCACAGAAGAUUUUUUUGUCACUGCAUAUAUUUUGUUUUGUAAUGUGUAUGGCAUUUUGCAUAUGCCGUAUUAUGUAGGAGCUCAUGAGUGGUGACGAAGGCCGUACUCGAAACACUGACGGGAAGGGUUCCUUCCUGCUACUUCUUCAUAUUCUGCUAUUUCAGCUCUCCUGUUCCGUCUAUGGAAUUCUGAUAACUGGGCGACGUACAUUAACUUUUCCCUAAUACACAGCAUCUGACUUUUAGGCUAUCGGUGUAUUCUUUUUAUUCUUUUUUGGUGAGCAUUUGUUUGGAGUUGACAAAUAGCUGUUAUGAGGAAGUGUUGUGGCCUUCUAGCCACGAUUACUGACUUUUAAUUGUCGAAUGUUUUCAAGUAAAGUAUUUUAGUUUCUAUAACCUUUUAUAAAAAAAACAACAUGGAAAAUGUAUUGCAGCAAGCCGAGUUGAUUUCUUCACAGUCAUAGACUUUGUUGUUCAACAAAUUUCGAAAACCAACUUCUGAUGUAAUAGCUCUUAAGCUUCCGCAGAAACUUCAGUUAAAGACAAUUGAAUUAAUACCUUUCUAUUUUGACAUUUUCUUGGCACUUGGAUGUACGAUGGUGUACGAAGCUCGAUUGACCCACCCAUCAAUCGAAUAUAGAAUUAAUUAUCAAUAAAUUAUCAUGUUGUAAUAUUGUAAUGAAUGAAUUUUUGUCUCGAGUUAGCUUUCAGCCCUUACUCUUUUUGUCGGAUCUUUAUUUAUGUCGUUCAAUCUCCAAAUAAUCUUAAGUUUGCUUUGGACUCCAUGGCUAAAUUGACAGAUGAACAUUUUUCAACUAGACGAGCGCUGUUGCCGCACGAUUUUUUUGAUUUUCAGAGCUGUGGCAAGUUAUGAAUUAACAUCCAUAGUCUAUCUAAUGAUUGACGUUUGUUCCAAUUUUUCGUACGCCUGAUCAUUCAAAAUAGUCGCUCAUGAUAAUUCCCUCAUUUACCUCAUAGACGAUAAUUUAAUUUGCUUUACGGCGCGAACACUUGAAAAAUAGGCGAAUUGAUUUUUUACCAGCUAUGUCGAGGAAUGUCGAGUAAACGUUAGCACUACUUUUCGUUACCAAAACAAAUAAAACAAUUGACAUGAGAUAUCGAUGUAGUCACUCUCUCUGAUCUCCUCCUGCUACUAACAACCUGAGUUGACAUUCUAGUGCGUCAUCAUGACACGAAUUGUAAAGGAUUCUUUUUAGUUUUAUUUAUGUCAAAGUACUUUGUUUAUAGCGUUGGUCUGCCUUAAUACCAUGUACUUGUGUGUGUCUUGUGUUCACUGAUACCAAUAAUGAAGUUUCUAAGUGUACAGAAGAUUUGAGGUGCGCCCGCUCGUGACAAGUCGCUGAUGAGUUGAGAGCGCGCGUCCGUGUCCAAAACUUCAUGUUUAGCCUUCGAAUUUCCUCUGUAAAUGAGUGUGAAUUAUUUUUUUAUGAGUUGUGUGAAUCAUGUAUUGUAUCUUUGAUAACUUCUGCCUCAAUAUCCGGUGAUAAGACAAAACUUCAUCAUUCGGCAUUAAUUUUAUCUUCUUAGCAACUAGUGGAGGUCAGCUUAUAAGAACGCUUUUUACUGCUGUAUAUGAAGCUUAGUAUUUCUAAAAGAUACAGAAGUAGGUUCAUAUUUGGUUUUCAUGAAUUGUGUGAGUUUGGCCUGUGGUCUUGCCAGGACCUAGAAAGUCUUUCUAUUUUUAUUGAAUGAAACGUUUUCAAGCUGUA